AAUAUAUUUUGUGCAUCACUCUCAUGUUGGCCAUUUUAAGCUUGCCUCGAAUCUGUUAUUCUUAUGAGGCCUCUAUCGCGAUUCUGUCUAUACUAGCACGAAACCGAUAAUCUUUGUGCCAUGUUCAAAAAAUUUCAGUUUUUUGAAAAAGCAGAUACCACUGACUUGGUCUAUUCCAUCCGCAAAACAGAGGUCAAAAAAAUUGAGCUAACGUGCUGUGCAGGUUCUCAUGAUAUUCUAGUACUAGGAGAUGUUUAUGGCCAAAUUCACAUUUACAAUGAGCAACUAAAGGAACCUUAUACUUGGGAAGCGUUUGGUCGGAAUGUGAGGUUACUGGGGUUGGUCAUGGAUGCGAGCGUUCUCGUGUCGUUAGGAGAAGAAGAAGACGAAAAAUUCUUACCAAAAUUAAAGAUAUGGAAUUUGAAAUCUAUUAAGAGUGGAGGACAGCCAGAGCUAUCGAAUGUGACUCCACUGAUUGAGAACGCUGCAAUCCACGUAAUGGCAUGCACGCCGAAUCUGUCCCACCUGGCAGUCGGCCUUUCUAGUGGGAUGAUACUGCUUUCGAACAAGAAACAAGGGAUGAUCUCAACUCGGUAUCCAGAGGCGUCGCUGACUACCAGCUUGUUUUUUUCGACGCAGGCGUCGAAUUCAUUUCUGUUCUCCACGACACCUUCAACAGUCGAAGUAUACCGCGUGAACGCAGACUCGCUGUCUAACCCGUCGACACUGGACGUCAAUCAUGGAUGCGAUGUCGACUGCAGUGCCAUGAAUUCGGCCGGCGAAUUGAUUGUAGCGCGGUCCGACGCAAUCUAUUUUUACUCCACAUCUGGCUUGAUAAAGACAAUUUCCUAUCCUUCGGCCUGCGUAUUUUUGCAGUGUCACAAAUGGUAUGUAGUCCUGAUUGAGCAUGACACUCACCAGGCCGACCAACACGUGAUUACCAUUUAUGAUCCAACGCUAGAUGGGAUCGUCUUUUCUGGCUCGCUGGGAAGCAUGUCACACGUGGCAUUGGCAUGGGGAAAGCUGUUGGUUUUAACCAAGGAUAGCCAGGCGAUACAGUUUGUGGAGAAGGAUCUAGAGGUCAAAUUGGAGAUGUUGUACCGAAAAAACGAUUAUUCGACGGCGCUCAAGUUAUGUCAGCAAUCUCAUGCAGACGCCAGCAUAAUUGCCGAUUUACACAGGAAGUAUGGUGACUAUUUAUACGCCAGGGGCAAUGAAGAGGAUGCUAUCGAGCAAUUCAUUCUGACGAUUGGUAUAUUGGAAGCAAGCUACGUGAUCAAGUUGUUUUUGGGCGUACAACAAAUCCAGUACUUGGUCCUAUACUUAGAGAAGCUGCAUGAGGCUAACCUGGCUAAUCCAAACCACACUGAGUUGCUCAUCAACUGUUACACACGCCUCAACAUGUCUAAAGAGCUGAAUGAGUUCCUUGAGAGGCAGAACUGGGAAUGUCAUACUGAGGCAGCCAUCCGUCUGUGCUCGCAGACAGGUUACGUGAAACAGGCCUUAACCUUGGCCAAGAAGAAGGGCGAUCAUAGGAUAGUGCUGAGCAUCUUGAUGGAAGAUACUGGAGCGAGCAUGGACGCGUUGGAAUACAUCGAAACGCUAGAACCCACUCUGGCACUGUUUUAUUUGAAGUCACACGGAAAGGAGCUGACCAAAACUCAAGCUGGGUAUGUGUUGAAAUGUUUGAUGAAAGUGUGGCCCAAGGCUCAGGAGGCGUAUGCUCGGCAAAGGAAGAAAGAGUAUUCGGCCUUAAUUGAAGCAAGCAACAUCAAUGCUUUGAGUGAUAUCAACGCAUCGUCUUAUUCUUUGGAUUCUAUGUCGAAAGGUUUGACAGAAAAAGAAAGUCUGUCCGAAUCGAGCAUCGUCAAGGCCGAGGAUCUUAUUAGCGUGUUGAUUGACUGUCCAUUAUAUUUGAUAGAGUUUUUGGAAUAUAUCAUUGGAGAGUCGAAGACGUCAAAGCACAUUUGCAACACUUUGUUGGAAUUGUACCUGCAAUCUGAUCGAGAGAAGGACGAUCAGAAGCGCGCGUCUCAGUCCGAGGGAGAAGUGUCCAAUCCACCGAGUAAGUUUUUUGAGUCUGCUGUUCAGCUCUUGAGACAUCCCCUGGCUGAAUUCGAAGAUGGCCAUGCGUUGGUGUUGAGUUUGUUGUAUCAAUUUCGUCCAGGAAUUCUUUUUUUUUACGAAAAAAUGAAGCUGCACCACGAAGUGAUCCAAUUCUAUAUGGACAACCAAGAGCCGGCCAACGUCAUCAAGUAUUGUAAAAAGUAUGUACAAGACACCACGCUUUGGAUGAAGGCACUGAAAUAUCUUUCAUCCGACGCGGUUGUUUCGUCCGAUGAAGGCAGCGAUUCUACUCUCUGGCUUCAACAGCUUCUGGACUACAUCGAGCAGGAGCGCAUUCUGCCUCCUUUUCAGGUAAUGAGCAUCUUGUCUCGAUCGGAAAAGACUACACUGGGUAUGGUCCGAGACUACUUGGUAAGAAUCUUGCAACAUGAACAACAACAAAUCGAGCAAAGUCAAAAGAUCGUCGAGCAGCUAGGACAAGAUACCGAGAAGAGCAAGCGAGAGAUCGAGUCUAUUCAAAACGGCGUCCAGCUUUUCCAGCAAAUGAAGUGCAACCUUUGUCAGGAAAGCCUGGAAUUACCCGCUGUCUAUUUUCUUUGCAUGCACUCUUUUCAUCUGCGGUGUCUGCGAGAUAGCGAGACAGAGUGCCCAAUCUGCGCGCCUGAAAUGCACAAUUUCAAGAAUCUUCAACGCGCCCUUCUAGAGAAGGCGCAGGACCAGCGGGUCGAAGAGCUUCAUCGGCUUUUAGAAAAUUCCAAGGGAGAUGGGUUUGGAAUCAUUGCAAAAUGCUUUGGAAAAGGAAUUUUCUCCAAUUUAGACCAGCUAGGGAAAACAGAAAAUUUAGAAGAAUAGUGGUUUACUCUUGGUGGCGCGAACUGAAAAAAAAAAAUUUCUAGGUUUUUUUAAUUCCUAAUAAAAGGCUGUACCAAACUUUAUUGUGAUGCCAAAUGCAAA